GCUGUCAUAUUUGACGUACAAAGCGAUGGCUUGGCUUUCGGUUUUCAUGAAAAUUGCAACAAUUUAUUUCAAUUUAGUGUGGUAAACGGAAAAAUACCAUUAUUGUUGCUGCAAAUAAAAGUGAUUCGUUUAUAUUACCUGCUUAAGAAAGCAUAUACAAGCAGAAAAAUAGAACUGAAUAUCGAGUGAUAGUGAUGCUCUAAAAAACCUAUUUGUUUUGCAAAGAUGGCCAGUCCGUCUCCUCAAAGCAGUCCUAUGCCUCCGCCGCAGGCUCCCAGUCCAAUGGGGCCUCCUACUCAGAGCCCAGCGCCGCCGCAGUCACCGCACAGUCCGUACAACCAACAACACGUAAAUGGUCCACCGCCGUCUCACCCGCCUGGUCCUGGUCAACCGCCCAUGCCGAAUCAUAUGUCUCCUUCCGGCGCUCCCUUACAUCCUAUUGCAUCUAAUUCCAAUGGUCCUCCGGGAGUACCUCAACAACAUCCUGGAAUGCCUCCAAGUGGACAUCAAAUGCCUCCACACAUGGUUGGGCCUCAUAUGUCAGGUCCCUCGGGCCACCCCAUGCCUGCCGGUGCUCAUCCACCUGGCCCCAAUGGCCAUCCUAACAUGCCAGGAAAUGCACCACAUCCCAAUAUGCCAGGGCAAGGCCCACCACAUGGCUACAUGCAACAUCAAAUUGGACAUCUACCUCCAGGCCAGCCUCCACAUUCCAUGGGCGGUGGUCCCCCGCCACCCGGCAACGGGCCUCAAGGACCUCCCGGCGGACCGUUGCCGCUGUCGGGUCCCCCGCCGCACGGCGUCCACCCUCAGGGAAUGCCGCCCACGGCGCCGGGGCACAUGCCGCCGCACCACGCGAUGAUGCCGGGCCAGGGCCCGCCGCACGGGGCCGGGCCGGCCUACGGGCACCCGCCGCCCGCCGCGGGCGCGCCGGCGCUGCCCGCGGGCCAGCCGGCGCCGGGGCAGCCGCAGCCCGGCGCGCCGCAGCACCCGCCCGCCGCCCAGACUCCGCCCCACGGCCAAGCUCCGCCGCCGGUCACGUCCUCCGCCAACGGCGCGCCAUCCGCUUCGUCGCCCAUGCAAGGAUCCUUGGCAGCUCCCGGUCAAGACAAUUUGAAUGCGAUCCAACGCACCAUCGACUCGAUGGAAGAGAAAGGUUUACAGGAGGACCCGAGAUACUCGCAGCUGCUCGCGUUGCGCGCUCGCACCAAUAACGCGCAAGAUCCCAACAAGGGUCUCUUCUCGAACAAUCAGCUCUGUCAACUGAAGGCUCAAAUAUCAGCGUACCGAAAUCUCGCUCGCAAUCAGCCCAUAUCGCAGCAAGUGGCGAUGAUGGCGUCCGGCAAGAGGACGGGCGAGGCGCCCCCGGAGUGCCCGACGCCGCCGGCGCAGCCGCCCUACGGCGAGGGGCAGGGGCCGCCCAGCGCGGGCGCGGGCCCGGCCGGCAAGGCGGGCGGCGGCGCGGCGGGCGACGCGGCCCGCGGCGGCGGGGGCGCCCCGCCCACCCCCUUACCUAUGACGGGGCAAAUGGCGCCGCCCACGCAACCCACUCCACCUCUCGUCAAUCCGCCGAUGGGUGGAGCGCCUCCUCUACGAGGGCCCGCUCCGUUAAGGCCUCCCGGCCCUGGAGCACCUGGCUUACCCAAUCAACAACAGCCUGGAGGACCCAUGCCUGGAGCUAAGCAGAAUCGUAUAACUAGCAUUCCUAAGCCGGUGGGAUUAGAUCCUCUCCAAAUAUUAAACGAACGAGAAAACAGGAUUGCAGCUCGUAUCGCUCAUCGCAUCGAAUUACUUUCCAACCUCCCUGCGAGUAUAUCUGAUGAUUUGAGGCUGCAAGCUCAAAUUGAGUUGAGAGCCCUACGCGUAUUAAAUUUCCAAAAGCAGUUGCGCGCUGAAAUUCUGGGCCAAGUUCGCCGAGACACAACCUUAGAGACGGCUGUAAACAUCAAAGCUUAUAAACGCACUAAGAGACAAGGCUUGCGUGAAGCGCGUGCCACCGAGAAGUUAGAAAAGCAACAGAAACUGGAAGCCGAAAGGAAACGCCGACAGAAACAUCAAGAAUUCCUUCAGACUGUCUUACAACAUGCCAAGGACUUCAAGGAAUAUCACAGGAACAACAUUGCGAAGCUGUCACGUAUGAACAAGUCCAUAAUGAACUACCACGCCAACGCCGAGCGCGAACAGAAGAAGGAACAAGAGCGUAUAGAAAAGGAGCGUAUGCGUCGUUUGAUGGCGGAGGACGAAGAAGGUUACAGAAAACUUAUCGAUCAGAAGAAAGACAAACGUUUAGCGUUCCUGCUGUCUCAGACAGACGAAUACAUCGCCAGCCUCACGGAGAUGGUCAAGCAACACAAGCAGGAGCAACGAAAGAAACAAGUCGAGGAGGAACGAAGGAAGAGGAAGUCACGAAAGAAGAAGCUUCUGGAAGGCGGCGAGAUCGACGCCAUGGAUGAUAGCUCCCAAACAUCUGACUCUCGCGUUAGCGUCAUGGAUCCCAAAACAGGCGAGAUUCUCAAAGGCGAAGAUGCGCCAUUGCUGUCUCAACUUAAAGAUUGGAUGGAAACCCAUCCAGGGUGGGAAGUCCUCUCCGAUUCUGAGGACUCUGGCGAUGAUAGUCAGGAUGAUGAUGAAAGGAAAGAAAGGAGGGACAAGAAAGACGAAAAGUCCGACAGAGAAAAGACAGAGGAAGAGAAGGCGCGGGACAUGAUCAAGAAGGCCAAGGUGGAGGACGACGAGUACAAGACGGAGGAACAAACUUAUUACAGUAUUGCUCACACAGUACACGAGUCGGUGACAGAACAAGCAAGUAUCAUGGUGAAUGGCAACCUAAAGGAGUAUCAAAUCAAGGGCCUUGAAUGGCUGGUGUCGUUGUUCAACAACAAUCUCAAUGGGAUCCUGGCUGAUGAGAUGGGUCUAGGUAAAACCAUCCAAACGAUUGCAUUGGUCACGUAUCUCAUGGAGAAGAAGAAAGUAAACGGGCCAUUCCUCAUAAUCGUUCCUUUGAGUACGCUGUCCAACUGGGUGCUGGAGUUCGAGAAGUGGGCGCCGACGGUGGCCGUGGUGUCGUACAAGGGCUCGCCGGGCUCGCGCCGCCUCGUGCAGACGCAGAUGCGCUCCACCAAGUUCAACGUGCUGCUCACCACCUACGAGUACGUCAUCAAGGACAAGGCGGUGCUGGCCAAGGUCCAAUGGAAGUACAUGAUCAUCGACGAGGGCCACCGCAUGAAGAACCACCACUGCAAGCUGACGCAGGUGCUGAACACGCACUACGUGGCGCCGCACCGCCUGCUGCUGACGGGCACGCCGCUGCAGAACAAGCUGCCCGAGCUGUGGGCGCUGCUCAACUUCCUGCUGCCCUCCAUCUUCAAGAGCUGCUCCACCUUCGAGCAGUGGUUCAACGCGCCCUUCGCCACCACCGGCGAGAAGGUGGAACUGAACGAAGAAGAAACCAUCCUGAUCAUCCGUCGUCUGCACAAAGUGCUGCGGCCUUUCCUGCUGCGGCGACUCAAGAAAGAAGUGGAGAGCCAGCUGCCAGACAAGGUCGAAUACAUCAUCAAGUGCGACAUGAGCGGCCUGCAACGAGUGCUUUACAAGCACAUGCAGUCCAAGGGCGUGCUGCUGACGGACGGCUCGGAGAAGGGCAACAAGGGCAAGGGCGGCGCGAAGGCGCUCAUGAACACCAUCGUGCAGCUGCGCAAGCUCUGCAACCACCCCUUCAUGUUCCACCACAUCGAGGAGAAGUUCUGCGACCACGUCGGCACGGGCGGCGGCGUCGUCACUGGGCCUGAUCUAUACAGAGUGUCUGGGAAGUUUGAGCUAUUGGACCGUAUCUUGCCCAAACUGAAGCGGACGGGACACAGGGUGCUGGUCUUCUGUCAGAUGACGCAGUGCAUGACCAUCAUGGAGGACUAUCUCUCCUGGAGAGGUUUCCAGUACUUGAGACUGGACGGUAUGACGAAAGCGGAGGACCGAGGCGAGUUGCUGAAGAAGUUCAACGUGGCGGACUCGGACUACUUCAUGUUCCUGCUGUCCACGCGCGCCGGCGGGCUCGGCCUCAACCUUCAGAGCGCAGACACCGUCAUCAUCUUCGACUCCGACUGGAACCCGCAUCAGGAUCUGCAAGCGCAAGAUCGUGCUCAUCGUAUCGGGCAACGUAACGAGGUGCGCGUGCUGCGACUUAUGACAGUCAACUCCGUCGAAGAGAGAAUUUUGGCGGCGGCCAGAUACAAAUUGAACAUGGACGAAAAAGUUAUUCAAGCUGGUAUGUUUGAUCAAAAGUCAACGGGCUCUGAGCGGCAACAGUUCUUGCAGAGUAUCCUUCAUCAAGACGGAGAUGAUGAAGAGGAGGAAAACGAACUCCCCGAUGACGAUUUGAUCAAUGAGAUGAUUGCGCGCUCUGAAGAAGAACUGGAGAUCUUCAAGAAGAUAGAUAUAGAGCGCAAGAAGACCGAGACCCAGUCUCGGCUCAUCGAGGAGUCCGAGCUGCCGGACUGGCUGGUGAAGAACGACGACGAAGUUGUGUGCAAUAAGGGCCAGGGUUGGAACUACAUGGACGAAGACGAGUCGCUUGGGCGCGGCUCGCGCCAGCGCAAGGAGGUGGACUAUACGGACUCGCUCACGGAGAAGGAGUGGCUGAAGGCCAUCGACGACGAGUUCGACGAGGAGGAGGAGGAGGACGACGACGAUGAGGUGCUCGAUAAGAAGCGCAAGAAGGGACGCAAGCGCCGUCGUAACCAAGAAGAUUCUGAUGACGAGGAAAUAGCUAGUUCAUCUAAAAAGAAGAGCAAAACUGAGAUCAAUCAAUUGAAGAAACGCCUCAAAAAUAUUAUGAAGAAAGUUAUAGAUUAUGCUGACGAAGGGGGCCGAGUACUCUCCGAACCGUUUAUGAAGCUACCAUCACGCCGUGAGCUUCCAGAUUAUUACGAUGUCAUCAAAAAACCUUUGGACAUCAAGAAGAUCAUGAACAGAAUUGAAGAAGGCAAAUACAACGAUAUCUCGGAUUUAGAACGUGACUUUUUCACGCUUUGCGCAAAUGCCCAGAUAUAUAAUGAAGAGGCCUCACUUAUUUACGAAGAUUCGGUGCGUCUGCGCAACGUAUUUAUCGAAGUGCGACGGCGUUAUGAAGCGGGUCAGAAUUCGGAUGACUCUGACGAUAAUGAUAAAGAGGAAGAAGAAUCCGACGGUGAAUCAAAUCGCUCUGUCAAAAUGAAAAUAAAAUUGAAGGGGAAAAGUAAGGGCACACCUGGACGGAAGCGCAAACAGCGCAAAUACAUUUCAGACGAUGAAGACUAUGAGGAGGAUUAAACUCCCUGCUAAGUAGUGGUCAAGGCUACUGCAAGUAUAAAUGAUAGUAUAUUUUAGUAGGUAUAUAAAAUACCAAUAGGUACAUCAUAUAGUAAUUAAUCCCAUCCAUUUUAUCUUUGGACAUAGUUAUAAUUUUUAAGCCAUUAUUUAAUUAAUUACUCGACAUAUUUUAUAUUUUCACUACGAAUGUGCACAUGUCUAUGAAAUUAAAAAGAAGAAUUCAUCCUUACACAUUUUUUUUGUUUUACUUUAUAGAAAUGUACUGAGAACUUACCGCAUCUGAAUGCAUUGGCAAUUUUAAGAUGAUUAUUAAUGUUAUAGGUACAUACUUAAUCUCUUAAUUCAAAUGGCUAAUUAUGACAAAACUUGAAUCAUUUUUAUAAUAUCGACUAUUAAUGUAUGUAGUUAUUAUGUGUAUUUGACCUUUUCAUAUUAUUAGGGAAUUUUCUAGGUGACUAAUUAGCAGAGCGCUAGUAACAUCGCGAGCAUUUUAUUCUCACUUCGCCAAAAGUACCCGAAUUAGGUAAAAGGUUUGAAAAUAAUAUAAAAAUAUAUAAAUUAAAAACUAUUAUAGUUAUUCAAAACAUAUUUUUACCUACACUUUCUUGUUCUUCUAAGAUAAUCUGCUGGCGGUGUUCUUAGUCUAAUUUUGAUAAUAUUUUUCUUCUAAUUCAGAUAUUUCCUGCUAAUUGUUUACCUAUUCUAUGGACAACAAUUGACGCGCCCCCUCCAUAUAAUUGAGUACCUAUUAGAAACUUAGUACCCAUGAUAUUGCUCAGCAGCUAAACCCUUUUGCUGUGGCUGGCGUGUUUACUCAUCCUGAAGAAUGUGCUUAUCCUAGUUCUGGUGAACGAUAACUGUUUAAAAUUAUCCGUCCACCACAUACGGCGCGAUUUUACCGUGUCUCAAACUUCCGACAGUCUAAUAAACCAUUUAUGGCUUGAUUGGUGUUGCUAGUUAACGAUUUAUUCAAACGAGUUAUCAUGACUGCAGUUUGUGUCCUACUACUAACUCACAAAACGGUUUGCCGCAGGAAAAGGGUUAGAAAUUUAUAAUUUUAAAUGUAAUUAUUUAUAAUCCGAAUAUUUUCUCAAUUAUUUUGGCCUAAAAAAGGU